CGUUCCCUAUGACUAGUGCGCUGCACGCGGCCAGCUGCGGAGGACAGCGGAGCUGCGCUGCGGUGAUCUCCCCCGCAACACCUCGCUUCUCUACAGACAAGAGAGAUUGGCUGAAGCAGUUUUGGCGAUGACACAGUGGAGUCAAUGCAGUUCUUCAAGUCAUCUCUGGAAAACUAGCAAGAAAAGAUAAAGCAAUUGGAAAAAAGACAGACGUACAGAAACCUAGAUAGACAACUAACAGAAGAUGGAGUUUUGCAAUACGCUUGGGGAUGUACCGAGGUUCGGCGGCCUUUUACCAGUGGGGCACCAGGAUUCAUAGAAUAUUCACACAACGCCUCUAAACAGGAAAUGGCUUAAACAUUCUGAGAUGUAGUGAAAAGGGGCCUUUGUCAUAUGAAGGUUUACAAAAAGCACAGCUCGGUUGAAUUGGGAGAUCCCUUGUCGAGUUCAGACUCAGUGCAUCCUGUCUGCGGAUUUUACUUUUAGUGUCAGUGUGGUAUUUUCAUCUGUCACUGACUGAAAAUGGGCUUUUUUCUCUCUUACCAAGCUGCAGUCAAAAUAAGGAUGAUAUGAAUAAUCUAGAACUUUGACAAUAUGUCAAACGUUAAAGAGAAAACGCCUGUCGGAGGAGGAUGUGCCAGAGAUGUGAUUUCAAAAACUGUAACAGUGUGCUGCAGGCAAAAAGUCCCUUCCUGCCAUGUCUUCAUCCUCCUCCUCCUGCUUCUCUUCUCACUGGGUGCAUCUCAUAUGGAGUUUAUAGAAAGCCACAGUGAAUUCAGCUGCGAGCCCAUCAGACUGAGAAUGUGCCAGGAUCUGCCUUACAACACAACAUUUAUGCCCAAUCUCCUGAACCAUUAUGACCAGCAAACAGCUGCUCUGGCCAUGGAGCCUUUUCAUCCAAUGGUAAACUUGGUGUGCAGUGCCGACCUGAGGAUGUUCCUGUGUGCCCUGUAUGCUCCAGUGUGCACAGAGUAUGGCCGGUUGUCCAUGCCAUGUCGAGCUAUCUGCCAGCGGGCCAAGGACGAGUGUCAUAAACUCAUGGAGAUAUUCGGAGUAGCUUGGCCAGAGGAUAUGGAGUGCAGCAGGUUUCCAGAAUGCAAUGAGCCUUACCCUCGCGCUGAGGACCUGCUGACAGGCUCAGAACCCACCGAUCAGUCAUCCAUGACGGUCCAAAGAGAUUAUGGUUUCUGGUGUCCCCGAGAGCUCAAAGUCGACCCCGACCUGGGCUACACCUUCAUGGGAAGGAAGGACUGUUCAGCUCCCUGCCCAUCCAUGUUCUUCAACCAGCAGGAGCUGACCUUCAUCCGAUACUUCAUUGGAGUGGUCUCUAUUGUUUGUCUCUCUGCAACGCUCUUCACUUUCCUGACAUUUCUCAUUGAUGUUACAAGGUUCCGAUACCCUGAACGGCCAAUCAUCUUCUACGCUGUGUGUUACGUCAUGGUGUCGCUGGUCUUUUUCCUGGGUUUCCUCCUAGAGGACAGAGUAGCGUGCAAUGCAGUGAGCCUGGCCCAGUUUAGAGCUUCAACCAUCACACAGGGCUCUCACAACAAGGUAUGCACACUUUUCUUCAUGAUCCUGUACUUCUUCACCAUGGCCGGCAGCGUGUGGUGGGUCAUACUGACAAUCACUUGGUUCCUGGCUGCUGUGCCUAAAUGGGGCAGCGAGGCCAUUGAGAAGAAAGCCCUCCUCUUCCACGCUGUGGCCUGGGGCCUCCCUGGAGCCCUGACUGUCUCCCUGUUGGCCUUGAAUAAGAUAGAGGGAGAUGGGAUCAGCGGAGUGUGUUUCAUAGGGCUGUAUGACAUCGAUGCCCUGAGGUGGUUUGUUCUGGCACCGCUCUGCUUCAAUGUGGCGGUUGGCGUCUCCCUGCUUUUAGUGGGAAUUGUUGCUCUGAAUCGGGUGCGGAUGGAGAUUCCAUUGGAGAAAGAAAACCAGGCCAAACUAGUCAAGUUCAUGAUUCGAAUGGGUGUGUUCUCUGUUCUCUAUCUUGCCCCUUUAUUCACAGUGAUUGGGUGCUACAUCUAUGAACACACGUAUCGCAGCAUUUGGGAAACGACGUGGAUGGAUGAGAACUGCAGGAGGUAUCACAUCCCUUGCCCAUAUAAGGUUGAGGAGACCAGCAAACCAGCUAUGGUUCUGUUUCUCAUCAAAUACUUGAUGAUGUUGGUAGUUGGGAUUCCCUCGGUUUUCUGGGUCGGCAGUAAAAAGACAUGCUUUGAAUGGGCCAACUUCCUGCAUGGACGCAGGCGCAAAGACAGUGGGGUGAAUGAGUCCCGUCAGGUUCUGCAGGAGCAGCCAGACUUUGCUCAGUCUCUACUGCGGGAACCAAACACCCCCAUCAUAAGGAAGUCAAGAGGGACCUCUACUCAGGGCACCUCCACCCAUGCAUCCUCCACCCACUUGGCAGCUCUAGAAGAUCUGGAUGAACCAAUUAGGACUCACCAUGGACACCCCACAUCAACCAGAAGCAAGCCCAGCAGUGUUCACAGCAAGGCCAGCUACCACGGCAGCCUGCGCCGCACUCGAGAUGACAGGAGUGAUUCUUUAGCUCACCGUGGUACACCGGACCGUAAUCUCCAUGGCAGCAUGCCCCGGCUCGACCAUCCACUCUCCACUCACAGCAGCCUGCAUAAGAUGGACAGCUACUCGAGGCACAGCAGCCAGAGGGAUAUAUCAGAGGCUUCGCCGACCCUCAUCACCCAUGGAACCAUGGGUAGUGAUGGCCAAGCUGCUGAGAAGGAUGGAACCAAUGCCUGAAGGGUCCUUCAACAGAGGAAUACUGAAAGAAAGCUCUCAGGAAAGGAUUAACCACCCCAUUCAUGGUAUUUGGGCUCAAAGCACAGAGGGGUGAUAUGGGAUGACUUCAGUUUCACUAGAACCAAUCCACGACCUUUAGACCCGUUAUCAUUUUAGGUGUUCGGGGAAAAUUGUGGAAGACGAGAACUUGCACUGAACAGAGAACUGGGUUAAUGUAGUCAGGAGAAAGGCCAUUGCACUGUCAGAAUCCUAAUCCCAUAGGACUGAUGUGAAAUUUGUAACUGCUGAGUUUGCUUUUGUAACUAUCUGAAACUGUCUACUUGGUAAGAUGUGUCACAAAGGUGGCUUGUUUUUGGACUUCAGCUAUUCUCAUCUCUGUGUGGCUUCUUAGGUAAACAUGGACCUCUUCUUUCUUUAAUAUAUUUUUGUUAUACCAUCAACACUGCAUGUGUAGAGGGACACAUGGACUGAAAAUGUUUUCCUUGAAAUUAUCAAAAAGUGAGCUAAUGUCUGUGCACAACUUUCAUGGGAUUUGAAUUAUAACAGAUGUUGGAAAUAAGAUCUAUUUAAACCAGGGGGAGUUAAAGUCCAGUCAUUGAGAGCUGCUAACCUGCAGCUUCUAGAUGAAUCCAUUCUCCACUAGAGCUGCACCAAAUGAAUGGCUCAACAAACCUCUGUAAAGCUGAAUGCCAAUUAGGAAAUUCAGUUGUUUUGAUAGAGGAUGCAUCUGAAACUAGCUGGACAGUUUAACAAAAAAGGACUUGGACGACCCAGAACAAAGAUGGGUUCUCAAACUAUCACUGGUGGUAACCAGAUGAAUUCCUUAGAGACAUUUCUGACUGCCAAUGAGCAGGAGAAAAUGUAGAAGUACCAGUGCAAACUGGUGAUGUGCUGCUUAUGCUUCAAUCAUUUAACUCUGAAAUACCUACUAUAAAUUCAGUGAAUUUAUUUUAAAUGAAUGUGAAAAAUUGCGGACCUUAAAAGGAUCGGACUGAAAUCUACCUAAAAAAAAAAAAGCCUUCACUCGUCUAAAAAUAGUUGAUUUAAUUUAGAAAAAAACCAUGCUGAGUACAAGACUGACAGGUAUAGGACUAGAUCUUUAGGAGUGUUGUAAUAUUCAACCCUGUACAUGUUUGCCUUCAGGCCUGCCUCAAUGGGUGUAGAUAAUUGGCAGAGGAACAUUCAUUACAUUUUACUGGCUCUGACAUUUUAUCUUCUGCUUGUAAAUCUAACAAAGAACCUGUAAAUAUUGGUUUUACAGUUUAACUCCUUAUCCUUUGACCUUUAACCUACCUCACCUUUACCUUCAGCCUUCUCUUGUUCUGUAUUCACAUCAUUGGGUGCUUUCUCCUAAGAGAAGAAGUGCUCAGACACAGUAAAUUGUGACCGCUCGCUUUGUGGUUUAAGUCUACCUCUUUAGUUCAAACACCUAACGUACAUCUGCCUCUGAUCGUCUUUGUGUACUCCAUUUCUAUCACUAGCAGCAAUUAAAAACAUAAGAAUCAAGACUGAGCAAAUUCUGAGAUUGCUGUUCAACAAAUGGGCCCAGUCUGCUGAUCUGCCUUCAUCUACUUUGUACAUAGAUUUCCUGUAUGAUGACUGAUCUGCCUUCCGUUUCUGCUCCUAUUUACAUUUUUUGGACCUACAGCAAUUGUCUGUACUUUACCAUAACUGCUUACAUGCAUAACCAGAGUGCUUUCCUCAACAUGGGACAUUUUUAUUCGAGGGGAGAAAAAAAAAAACAUUCACACAGGUCUGUCUUUAUAAACCACUAACAGUGAAGCAUGAGG